AAAUGCGAUGCGAACGACCCACAAGCACACAUACACACCCAGAGCGAACGAAGCAGUAACAAUCAAUCGAACAGCCAUGAAGAAGGGAAGCAGCGCCGCCGUUCUGCUGAUGCUCUCGGUCGCGGCCCUCCUCCUCGUCGGCGCCGCCGUCGCCGACGACGCCAUCAUUCGCCUCCACUCCGACGCGGGGACGGGGGAGACGAGGCCGUGGGACUGCUGCGACCACCCCGUGUGCACCAAGAGGAGCUGGUGCGGCUGCAAGGACGUGGUCGAGCAGUGCUUCCCCGCCUGCAGGAGCUGCAAGCCGGCCAAGCGAGCGGACGAGUCGGCCCCUUCCGGCUACAUGUGCCGGGACGCCUAUCACGGCAGUCCCGGGCCUAAGUGCAUGCUCUGAUUCUCAUAUCUGUUUGUUGUUCGAGAUGGACGUCCGGUGCUAGCUGCCUAGCUGACGUCUCUGAUGUUGUAGCACUACUACGCUAGCUGCUGGUGAGCCUAGCUGUACGGCAGCGAUUGAAUAAGAUUUUUUUUUGCGGGAAA